AUGUCACGAGAAGAGCUCGGCUGCCGCGCCGGUGCUGUUCCGCGACCGAUACCCACUGCCCUCAUCGCGGAGACCCUGCAGAAUCUGGCCAAGGCUAAGUGGUUCACCAAGUUGGACGUGGUGGCCGCUUUCCAUAAGAUCCGCAUGGCUCCGGGACAUGAGGGAAAGACUGCAUUUCGCACGAGGUUUGGGCUCUACGAGUGGCUCGUGUGCCCUUUCGGCCUGAGCGGCGCCCCGGCAUCAUUCCAACGAUACAUGAACAGUGUAUUGCGCGAAUGGCUGGACGACUUUGUCACAGCGUACCUGGAUGAUGUACUGAUCUACUCGAGCGGUUCGAAGGCGGAUCAUGAGGCUAAGGUGCGACGAGUUCUCCAAGCACUCGCCGACGCUGGGCUGCACCUAGACCCAGCGAAGUGCGAGUUUUCGCGCGCCAUCCGCGAAUGGGAGGCCCUGACCACGGUGAAGGGUGUCAGAAGCUUUCUGGGCUUCGCCAACUAUUACCGGAUCUUCAUCCCCGACUAUGCCAAGAUCACGCAGUCUCUGGAUGCCCUGCUUAAGAAAGGAACUGCCUUUCAUUGGGGACGAGCGGAGAACGAGGCGUUUCAGGAGCUGAAGCGACGAUUUUGCGAGUCACCGGUGCUCAAGCAGUGGGACCCGAGCCUCCUGACCUUUUGGAGACGGAUUGCUCAGGCUACGCAUUGGGAGGCGUCCUCGGAGUACAACUAUCCCAUUCACGACAAGGAGAUGCUUGCCAUCAUGAGAUGUCUCGACAACUGGAACGCCGAACUUAGGAGCUGCGGCCCAUUUACAAUCCUUACCGAUCACCGCAACCUGGAGUAUUUCAUGACACGCCAGAAGCUCACGGAACGGCAGAGCCGUUGGGCAGCCGAAUUGUCCCAGUUCGACUUCAAGCUCGAGUAUCGACCGGGAAGCGAGGCUGUCGUGCCUGAUGCGUUGUCCCGCCGUGAACAAGACAAGCCACAGGGCAUUGACGACGAGCGGGAACAAGGAAGAAUGAUACAGUUGAUACCGGAUAGUGCCAUUCCAUCAUCGACAAGAGCAUGUAUCAACGCGAUGAGUUCUGACUGUUCAGAGGCAUCCACCCUGCCGAAGAUGAAGGUCUUCGAGGUAGCGGACCUGCAGCAACUCUGGGACGAAACGGUGGCGAAGGACUCGAUAUUCCGGGCAGCCUAUAAGGCAGUCCGCGAUCGCGAGCGUGCCUUCCCGCCCUCGCUGGGCCUGAAGAUCCAGAUUUCAGAAUGUGCGAUCGACGCAGGCAAAAGGCUGACAUUCAGAGACCGUAUUUGGGUGCCGGGUGGAUCCGGAGAGGAGGGUAACCAGGAGGAAGCUGAGAAAGACCAGUUGAGAACCCGCAUUGUGCAGCAGUCGCAUGACUCUGUUGCGACCGGUCAUCCCGGCAAGGAAGGUACGCUGGCUAUUGUGGCUCGGCGAUUCUACUGGCCUGGGCAGUCCCAGCUGGUUCGCCGUCGAAAGGGGAUUUUCAAGCCUCUGCCGAUUCCAGAUCGACCCCGAAGCCAUUUGUCCAUGGACUUCAUCACAGAUCUGCCGCCUACUGGACCGAGCAAGGCAAGGUACCUGUGGGUGAUUGUGGACAGACUGACAAAGGCUGUGACCUCGAGGUGA